AUGAAAUCCGUAACUGUAUUCUUGUUGGCUGGUACCACGUUUGCUAUUUAUUUUGAUGGGAAAGGAAGUCGGCACUCUUCAUCUUCUUCCGAGGAGCACGGAGGUCAUGGGCCUCGACCAGGACCUGGGGGGCCAGGACGAGGAGGCAAUUGCAGCCCUGGAUGGUUGAGAUUUGAGCGGCAAAGCGGAGUUUGGUGUGUCUUUGUCGGCCUAGCCGGAAUCAACGACAACUCAUUUGCACAGAAGGACGGACAAAGCGCCUGUGUGGCUCUUGGAGCCACAUUAACCGGAUUCCAAAACGAUAAAGAACGUAUGGCUGUGGCAGAUGAAGCUGGAAGAAAGCUUGGAGCCGCCGGCGGAGGAAUUGCCGGACUUUGGUUAGGAGCCACAACUCGCGCGGGCUGCAAAGCUGGCGCAUGUGGACCACUGAACACCUUUAUGUGGACCGAUGGUGUCACUACUGGCACAGCCGGGCUUAAAUGGGCUACUGGAGAGCCUGAUAGUGUGGAUUAUCCAGGAACCGCCGCGUGCAUCCAACAAUUCAUCAUGCUCCCCAACUGGGUACCCGGACCCUAUGACCUGGAAGGCUUCAGAACUGGCUUCACACAUGGAAUUCUUUACAAAUUUUCGUGUAUUGCUCCAGUGACACCUGGAACAAGAAUGUUUGCUUGUGGAAAAAUGGCAGCUGGUUAAAUGAAAUUAAAUGUUUAUUUGGAUUUUUGAAAUAAAAUUUUUGAAAUAAAU